AUAAUACUUGGAAAUGCACAUCGAAAGGUCGCGCGGGCAUUCCAAAGAUGUCUAAAAACAGUUCGGCUCCUUCUAUAAAUGAUUUCGUAAUGAUAAAACCUAUAAGCAAAGGUGCUUUUGGAAAAGUGUUUUUAGGAGCUAAGGCAAACAAUUUUGACCUUAUAUACGCAAUAAAAAUAAUGUCUAAAGAAGAAAUGAGGAAAAAAAAUCUUGUAGAGAAAGUUACUUGUGAGCGAAAUGCUCUUGCAGUUAGUAAAUGUCCAUACAUCGUCCAUUUGUACUACUGUUUGCAAACCACCAGUCACAUAUAUUUGGUAGUAGUCAUUGUUAUCAUAGUCUGAAAUUGCAGGUUAUGGAAUACCUCGUUGGUGGUGACCUUAAGUCACUUUUGCUGGUUAUGGGCUGUCUUCAAGAAUCUCACGCUGCUAUCUAUACUGUUGAAAUUGCAAUAGCCUUGGAAUAUCUUCAUACACAUGGAAUAAUCCACCGUGAUCUUAAACCGGAUAAUAUACUUAUUGACUCCAAAGGACAUUUAAAGCUGACGGAUUUUGGUUUGUCUACUAUAACAUGGAAGCGUCCCUUGCAGCCAAGUGACGUUUUGAAUACACCAUCUGUCGUUCCGUUACCUUUUCAAUACUACCGAACUCCUGGCCAACUUAUCUCGCUGACAACUGAACUGGCUUUCACAGAUACACCUAUCCUACAUAAAACUCAUGAGAUUCUGGAGGAACGCUUAUUGACUUCGCGCGAUGACGAUGCCAAAACGUGUUUCUCUCCCCAGUGUUUAUCUUCAGCAAAAAAUUACUUUACUAAUUGUGAUGUUUCAAAUUCAUUGCAUAAAUCCUCAUCAGAACCUUGUUUUGGGUCUGUAGCAUUUUUCGAUGGACAACAUAUCUGUGAUUUACAACGAUUCAGAAGUUUUAGUGAUUUUGGUAAUAAAUCAUGGAAAUCUCACUUUCGUCAACAUUUGAUUCAUUGGUCGCCAAUAUCCAGAAAAUCGCAUGCCAGGUGUUCUCAAAAUUUUGAAACAUCGGAAAUCCAUUCAGAUGAGCUACAGACGUCUUACUCCAGUCAAGUUAAUUCUCUUAGAACUGGCUAUAAACUAUGUCACCGUCAACGUCAUAACUACAAUCCACUUCCGAAAAAUGGACCAACUUCUGACUUAUCUGCUACUCAUAGUUUAGCAAUUGACAAAUCAAAAACAUCAGUAAUUUUGAAGCCAUCAUAUCACAAUAAGGAAUGUCAGAAUGUGGAAAAAAUGCUUAGAAAUACAGCUUCGUGUUUGGAAAUUUCUUCUUUAAAUAGAGAUAUUCAGGAUUUGGUUUUGAACUCCUCUCUAUGUAAUCUGACUGAUAGAAAUGAUUUAAAGCGAAAUACUUCGACGGAAAAUAUAUUGUCUCCAGUUGAAAAAGCCAGAUUGAGCCUGUUCCGUCAUUCACCGUUAUCCCAUUGUUUAGGUAUAAGUGGCGAUUAUUUAUUAAAUGAUAUUGAUCUCUCGAAUCCAUCUAUGGAUGACUGUAUAACUUCUCCAGUGCUACUUAAUACACCUUUAAAAUUUCCUCAUCAUUCUCCUGCUUCUAUAGUUAAAAAAAGUAGCAAACAUUUAACUCGGAAUUUCCACCCAAUCGAAUCAGAAAGUAAUCUUCCUGCUCAAACAUUGCUUUAUUCUAGUCCUUCAUGUUCCAUGCAUAUAAAUUCAACUUGUAAACGUCAGCGGUUCGACAAGAAACUGAUCACUUCGUUGAAUAGUACACCAGCAAUUAAUCCACUUCAAGUUACUACAGAAUCACUUGAAAAUAUAUCGAAUCUAGAGAGCUUAUCUAGUCACUUGUUAGGUACUCCGGAAUAUUUGGCACCAGAAUUAUUACUUCAUCCUAAUUCCAAAAGUGCAUGCGAUAGUCCAGCUGUCGAUUGGUGGGCUUUAGGUGUUAUAUUAUUUGAAAUGUUAGUUGGUGUAACUCCAUUUGCAGAUGAAACUGUAGAAAAUGUGUUUCACAAUAUUCUAAGUUUAGAUAUACACUGGCCUGUUGCUGCUACAUGUGGAUCAUCUUUUAACAUAAAUGAAUCACCACAAAAAAACUGUGAACUUUCACAAGCAGCUGUAAACUUAAUUAGUGGCCUCUUAUCCUAUAAUCAAACAGACAGACUUCAAGUUGCAAGUCAAAUAAAGUCAAGUGAUUUGUUAAUACCUGUUGGUGAUUGGAAUAAUUUACAUGAUUUAGAAAUGCCUUUCAUUCCUGAUCCUGAUAAUUCAACAGAUACAUUUUAUUUUGAUAUUCGUAAUCGGUACAAUCAAUAUAGCGAAGCGGAUCUAUGUGCAAAUGUGAAAUGACGAAGUCUAUGACUUAAUUCAUUAAUUUUCGCUGUACAGGUACUAUUAUUGAUACACAUAUUUGUACUUGUGAAUAAAUGUUUAUUUAUCAGCUUCUUUAACAUGCGUAAUUUUUCCGUUUCCAUAUCUUAAAAAAUCGUUUUUAAUUAUGUCAUAUGUAUAACAGUAAGUUAGCGUAGCUCAUGUAAUGCUUUAGUUUAUAAUUGUAUUACAAAUUGAGUGUCUAUUAAAAAUAAAUUAUUUCUUUCGCUUUUAUUUUUUAUAGAUGAGUAGGUGUAACAGAUAGUGUCAUUUAAAACUACUUUUUAAGUAUGAAGCACGUAUUUUAGAGUGGGUUUCAUAAGCUUAAAAUAACUACACUUGCGUUCGCAUUGCCUUAUUUUCUGUUUCUGUAAACAUUUGAAUCUAACCCUUGAUGAAUAUACACCUUCAUUAAGUUUAUUUGUCCAUUGAAUAUUGACUUAGUUCAUUCCUGUUUUAAGUGGUUCGCUAUUGUGUUCCUCUUUACUUUCAUUAGUUGUUUGGAAUACGCUGUUCUACUAACAUUUGUAAUCGGCUCUUAAUUUUACUCUACCUGACACAAAAUAAACCAAUUGAAUUUAAUUCUCUGGGAAUUGCGGGAUAACAUAGAACGACGGUAUCUGGAUUCAGGUCGAAAUUAGGACUUACCUCAACAGUGUUCAACCUCUUACAACCACGCUUAUGUUUAUAUUGGCGGGAUCAACUAAUCUUAUGUUUACAGUGAGAUUAAUCUCAUCCAUAUCUUGAAAUUCUAAUCUUUACGCUUGCUUACGAGAGCUUUUAUUAUUAUAUCUCUACGUUUAGUAAGGGACAAGAAGACGCGAUGGGACAUGUUUGGUAUCUAACGAUGAUUGUUAAAGAUGUAUUCUUACGUUAACAUGCUUAAUUGAAGAAUAAAUAACUGUCUGAGCACCCAAUUUUUGGAGGUUAUAAUGCUUUCAAUAGACUAUCUUCCGCUUCACUUGGUUUGUUGCCUUCCCAAUAGUUGGUAUGUCAUAAGUUCCUAUAUUGUCACUUAGGGUUAGUAAGUUUUUACAUACCCAAUGUCAUCAGAUCGAUCUCCAAGUGACAAAUGUCCACACACUUCCCUCAAAGGUACUUAUAGAAUGUCAUCAGUAAGAUAUAAAAGUAUAUUUUGUAAAUUGACCUAACUACACUGUUAUUUUGGUACAUUGUAUAAAAAUCACAGUAUAUCCCCCUAUUCUAUCUGGAGUAUCUUUACUUAAUGGUUUAGAAACGGUAACGGUUUUCAUGGCGUCUUAUCUGCCAAAGACACUUGACACCAUCGAGUUUUAUAUACAACAGAUCUUUUAUGGUUAGUGCGGUUACCUGAGGUAAUCUGCUUUUUUAAGUUGCUGUUUUUUAAAAACAGUUCAUCUGCACUUCGUUCCAGUUGAGAUUGGUAUCUCAGCAACAUCGUUAACUGUAAAGGCUCCAUCUUAUUUCGGAAUAGUGGCUUCAUGAUUAUGCAUCCUUACCUCUUGGUUAAAUAUUCUCACACUUCAUUUCCUUACUUGUGAAAAUGUAUCUUCCAAUAAUAUAAAAGGCUAAAUCACUGGGUAGUACCGCUAUUAGUUUGAUAUAAAAAGUCAGUAAUUUCUGGAUGAGUUGCAUUUUUUCCAAUAACAACUUCACAGACUAGUUGUUUUUUCAAAAAUUAAUUAGCAAAGAUAUUUUGCUAUUGAAAAUAGUUUAACAUCUAUCAAAACAGUGCAGUUAUGUUUCAUACAAUUCCUCCCUUUUACGGGUCUUAUUAAAGAAUAAAUAACUGUCGUAGCAGAAUUGUGGCUUCUUUUUUAUACAGGAAUUAUUUUUACAUAAAUUAUUCACAAAUGCUAAUUAGAAAAUAUCCUUGUGAAUAUGUUGAGAAAAUUCCUACAUCACUGUAUAUAUCUAGAUAGGUAAUUAUAUAUAUUCAACAGAUUCUUCAUCUAAAAACGGUGGAUUUAAAAACUCCAAUUCUAUUAGAUCAUUUGUAGGCUGAGAAAAUAUUUUGUAGUUAUUAUGAACAUUUUCAUAGUCGAUACUUAGUUGUUCAAUUAGUUGAUUGAACGCUUGUGACAUAACGUCACGAAAUAAUGCAGCUUGUUCUUUUAAUUUUUGUUCUAAUGUGCUGAUUUUCGAAUCUUUUUCUGCCUUACAAUUUAGGAAUUCUUGAUGUAAAUUUUUCAGUUCAUUAUUUCUUAUUUCAAUUAACUUAUUGGCCUCAUCUAGUUUUGUGGUUAAUUUUUCUAUUUCAUCUCGAAGAUUGGUUACUUUUAUUUCGUUUUCUGUGAUUAGGAAAGCAGCAUGGUUUUGUGUUGACUUUUUCAAUUCAUUAUAAUUUCUUACAGACUCCAAUUUCUCAGUAUAUGCUUGAUAGCGACGAUUUUCUGCAUUUUCUGCAAUAAAUAUUUUUCUGCUUACUUCUUCCCGCAAGUUUUUUACGUCUUCCUGUGUUUUUUCUAAUACCUCAUUCACAGGGUCCUUUGCUUUAGUUUUCUUUCCUUUAGUUUUACGUUUACCACUAACAGAUUUUGACAUUAUUCAGAGCUAAUUUUAGUUCAAAACAAAUCGUUUUCUGGAGAAAUCCUACAAUAAACAUGUAAAUUUUAAUAAAAGAAGUUAAGAACAAGGAGAUUUAUGGUUCACUUUAUAUGUCUACUUUGUAACAAACAUUACAGUUCUCAGACUUAAUAAAAAUCAAUGUAU